AUGAUAAAUAAUGCAGGUGUAAUUCAAUUAACCAUGUUAUUAAUGAAUUUAUUAAUUUUAUUAAUAAUUAUUUUUGGUCUAAAAUUUGUUGAAAGUAAUGAGAUAAAUAAUAGAUCAUUUGAAACAUUUCAAGUUGAAUUUGAUAAAUUAUAUCAUCGAUAUCAUUUGGAUAAACAAAUUGAAAAAUUAAAAUCUAUAAAGGAAGAACAACAACUGCAGAAUUGUCAACACGAUGCAUACAUUUAUGAAAAUGAUAUUCUUAUGUCGAGUGAUACACUAGUGCGACUCUAUGGUAAAGACGAAACUCGAAAACUAUUAAAAUGUGAUCAACAAUCAAAUAAAAAUGCAAAUUUGACUAUGACUUCAAAUGACAUGUAUUCUGUACCAAUCAUUCAGAAACGUUCAAAACGUGCUGUUACAGCUAUUGAAGAUCAUAUAUGGCCUGAUGGUAUCAUACCAUAUGAGAUUGUAUAUAAUUUUAGUGGAUAUCAUAUGGCUCAGCUACUAGAGGCAAUGUCUAUGUGGGAAAAUGAAACAUGUAUCGUAUUUGUUCAACGAUUACCACAUCAUAACUCUUGGCUGAGUAUCACCUGUGGAGAAUGUGGAUGUUGUUCACAAGUGGGUAAACAAGGUACUGGAGCUCACAUUUUGUCAUUGGGACUGAAAUGUGAUAAACACGGUAUUAUUGCCCAUGAAUUGGGUCACGCAAUUGGCUUCUGGCAUGAGCAUACAAGACCAGACAGAGAUCAAUAUGUUGAAAUAUUAAGACAAAAUAUAAAGCAUGGUAAGAUAAUCAAUGUAUUUAUUGUGACUUUCGAAAAAGAAUGA